GAGUUUAGAAUGAAAUUGUGGAAGCUGAAGGGACUAUAUUGUGAAUGGGGGGACAGAGUUGAAGUAGAAGUCGAAGUAGAAGAGAGAGAAGCCCCGAAACCCAAAAGAAAAAAAAGAAAAGAAAAAAAGAAGCGUGCUCCACUAUAAAAUCUUUCCUAAAUUCUCGUCUCCUUCCCUACUCCAAACUCUUUUCUUCUUCUCCAAUUAUUCAAUUCCUCACAAUCACUGCUUAGUAUCCUAUAUAUAUAUAUUUUGCGGAAUAGGAUUGCACCAACGCGCACCAACUGUUUGUCGAAAUUCCGAAACCACUUGUCCCUGCAUAGUCCAGCAAAGAUGAUGAUCAGAAUCCGGAGCCGCGACGGUCUGGAGCGGGUCUCAAUCGACAACCCGCGCGCCACCGUCGCCGCGCUCAAGUCGGCGAUCGAAUCCCAGCUCCGGGUGCCCGUGCAAGCCCAGAUUCUCUCCACCAAUCAAAAUUUGCUUCUUGCCAAAACCCAAACCGAUCUGACCCGGUUCACGGACAUGAUCGACCCAAACACUGGUCUUGGCGCGCUUAACAUCGGCCACGGCUCAAUUGUCUACCUCGCCUACGAGGGCGAGCGCACGGUGGUGGGGCCGACCUUCCACCCCUCGGGCUCGUUCGGGAAGAAGAUGACCAUGGACGACUUGAUUGCCAAGCAGAUGAGGAUCACGCACCAGGAGAACCCUCAUUGCGAGCUCGUCUCCUUUGAUCGCGACGCCGCGAAUGCGUUCCAGCAUUAUGUGAAUGAAAGCUUGGCUUUUGCGGUGAAGCGCGGUGGUUUUAUGUACGGGACGGUGUCGGAGGAGGGGAAGGUGGAGGUGGAUUUCAUCUACGAGCCGCCGCAGCAGGGGACGGAGGAGAAUUUGAUCCUCUUGAGGGACCCUGAUGAGGAGAAGUUGGUUGAGGCCAUAGCUUUGGGGCUGGGGAUGAGGAAGGUGGGUUUUAUAUUCACGCAGACGGUCAGUCAAGAUAAGAAGGAUUACACGAUGUCGAAUUCGGAGGUUUUGCAGGCGGUGGAGCUGCAGGCGGAGGGGGAUUUGAAAGAGUGGGUGACUGCUGUGGUGAAACUGGAGGUGAAUGAGGAUGGAGGAGCAGCUGUGCAUUUUGAGGCUUUUCAAAUGAGUGAUAUGUGUGUUAGGUUGUUUAAAGAGGGCUGGUUCGAGCGGGAUCUCCAAGAGGAGAUUGAUCCCAAGCUGUCGAGGAUGAAGAAGGACGUCGUCGUUGGAGGGAAAGACACCAAAGAUGUGGAUAAUGACUUCUUCAUGGUGGUUGUUAAGAUUGUUGAUCACCAGGGUCCACUUUCUUCGACAUUUCCCAUUGAGAACAGGAACACCCUUGUGACAAUGAAGGCGUUAAAGAACCAUCUGGAUCGGGCAAAGAAUCUCCCUUUUGUGAAACGGAUUUCGGACUUUCAUCUGCUACUGUUGCUUGCGAGGUUUCUAGACGUGAACUCCGACGUCCCAGCAUUGGCGGGGUGUGUACAGACACAGGCCAUAGUACCUGAAGGAUACCAGAUAUUGAUUGAGUCGUUGGCCAGUGCUAAUUAGUGAGCUCUGAAUCGAGCUGUGUAUCGUUAAAUUGAACCCUUACAUUUAUAGUGCUUUCUUUCCUUGGUUGUUAUUUAUGAAAUAUAGUUUCAGUAUUCUGCUGCUUUGAUA